AUGGACGAAAAAAUGAAAUUCUUAGAAUUAGACUACAAAGAUAAAAUAAACAAUGCUGAGGAUAAAGAAAGAAUCAAGCAAUUAACAGAUAAUCUUGAAUCAAUGAAAAACGAACUUCGAAAUUCAAAUAAUUCAAAUAAGAAUUUCGAACAAGAGAUUCAAGAGCUCAAACUCCAGAAUGAACAAUUAACACGUGAUUCCAAUAAGAAGAGUUUAGUUAUCAAUGACUUAAACAAUUCUCUCAAAGAAGAAGGCCAAAAAUUAAUCCAAGCAAUUGAAGAAAGAAAAGAUGCAUUGUCAAAAUCAGAACAAUCGAAACAAGAAAAUUCCGAGCUGAAGAAAGAAGUUAUUAAACUAGAAAACGACAUUUCUUUCUUAACAUCUCAAAUCGAAUCCCAUAAGAAGACAAUUGAAGAAAACUUGAAUCUUUCUUCUUCAGAGAAAAUCCAAUCUGCUCAAUUAGAAGACACAAUCAAAGAUUUGACAAUUCAGCUUCAAACUGAAAAAGAAGCUCAUCAAAAUGCAAAAGACCUCCUUCAGUCAUUGACAUUGACUGCUGAAGAUCAGAAGAGAUUGUUGACCGAAUCUUCUGAUGAAAUAAAUGGUCUAAAGAAGAACAAUGAACAACUCAAAAGAGUUUUAGAUGAAAAAGAAACUUUAAUUAAAAAUCAGAUGAAGAAAUUCUCAUAUCUUGAUGAUCAAAUUGCUUCAUUAAAGGCUUCUCUUGAACUGGCACAACAAUCACAAGAUAACGAGAAAUCAAAUUCAUCUAAAAUUGGCCAAGAACUUGCUGAAUCCCAAUCAAAAGUUACAGCUCUUACAACACAGAUACAAGCAAAUGAAAACAUUAUUAAAGACUUGAAGGACAAAAUUUCUGAGAAAAUUAAACAAAAUGUUGAAUCUUCACAUGCUAUUGAUCUUCAAAAACGUAUCAUCGAGAACAAUGAGAAACAGAAGAAAGAUUUAUCCGAUGAAAUACAGCGUCAAAAAGAUCAUAUUUCUAAACUUGAAAACCAAAUCCAAAAUGGAAUGAUACAAAUGAGUGAAAUGUCAGUGAAUAUUGCUUCAGAACAAAAGGAUACAAUAAGAAAACUCAAUGAAUCAUUGGCAGAUACAAACAUGAAACUCAAUAAAUCAGAAAAGGCUCUCAAAGCAGUUACAAAGAAGAUGAUUUCACAGCAAGAAGAAUUAGAUAAGAUCAAACUAGAAAACAAUGCAAACAAAGCUAACAUCAAGAAAUUACUUGAAGAAAUAUCAGAGAAAGAUGCUAAACUUGACAUGAAUGAAGCAACAAUCACUGCUCAUGGUGAAAUAGAUAAGAACAACAAUAGUAUGAUUGAUGAACUUCGUAAAGACAAUCUUAUAUUAAACCAGAAACUUGAAGAUAUUCAAAACAUCAAAGAGAAUGAAAAGAAACAACUUCAAGCAGCAUUUAAUAAUAACUUAGGUAAAUUACAGACCCAGCACGCCAAAGAAAUUGAAGCUGCAAAUAGUCAAAUUCUUGAUUUACAAAGCAAAGUCACCGAAUAUGAAACAAUUAUUGAGGAUACUGAGCAGAAGAUGAAUACAGAUUCUCAAUCAUUGAAGAAAUUAAUUGAUGAUAAAGCUAAGCUUGAACAAGAAUUGCAUAAUACUCUUGUAUCUCUUAAACAAACAGAAGAUUCGCUUAAUGUUUCCAGUAACAAGUUGAACCUUGCUCAAGAAAAGAUUAAAGAAAUAACAGAACAAAAUACUGAUUUACAAGCUAAAUUAGAAUUAUCAGACGACUGUUUAUUGAAGAAAUCAGAAGAAUUUGAUAAACUUGCUGCUGAUUUCGAUGAUCUUCAGAAUUCAUAUAAUCAAAUCGACGAAGAACUUAAAGAAACGUCUGAUAAACUCAGUGAAACAUCGAACAAACUUAAGGAAACAGAAGAAACACUCAAAGAAAAAGAACAAAUCAUUAGCUCUCAUGAAAAUUCGUUUGGCGAAUGCACAUCAAAGAUCCAAGAGCUUGAAUCUCUUACAAAGAAUGCCCAAGAAGAUAACAAUCGCUUACUGAAGGAAUUAAAGGAUACUCAAGAUAAAUUCAAUAAUUCUGAAACAGAAAAACAAAGCUACAUUCAGAAAUUAGAUCAAACAAAUACAGAACUUGCUGCAACUAAAGAUGAAUUGGUCAAUUUAACAACAGAGAAUGAAAACACUAAAUCUGAGCUCGAAAAAUCUCAGAAGGCAAAUGAAAGUUAUCAACAAGAGAUCAAUUCACUCAAAGAAUCAUUACAAAAUGAUUCAAUUAAUGUCCAGAAGCUCAAUGAAGCAAAUGCCAAGAUCGCUGAGUUAAUGGAUCAAAUCAAACAGCAUGGCGAAGAAAUGUCUAUGUCUAAAUCAAAUUUUGAAAACAAGAAUAAAGAAUUGUCAGCUAAAUUAGCUUUAACUCAAGAAGAAGGCGAAAAGACAAUGAAGAUCUUUAAGGAAUUGGUUAGUAUCAUCCGUGGAAUCCAAGUUUUGCUGCAUCCAGAAAUUCAAGUUGACCAAACUGAUUAUGAAGGUGCAAUUUCAGCUGCAAACCAGAUUCUUCAUGAACUUGAAGUACUCCGAAAGUUCUUAACCGAUGCACACCAUGAUAUUGAGACUUUGAUUAAAGAUAAAGCAAGCUCAAAGGGAUUAAUUGACAGCUUGAGAAACGAUAUCAAUCAGUUGAAUCAACUUAUUACUCAGAAAGAAAACGAGAUACAGAACCUUAGAAGAGAAAAUAAGACUCUUAAAGAUGAUAAUGCCUUCUUAAACGAAUCUAAAGCCCAAUAUGAUAUUGAACGUGAAAACUUAAAUAAUGGUAUUACUAAAUUGAGAAAUGCCCUUAAACUAACACAAGAACAUCUUAAGACUUCAGAAGAUGAAAAGAAGGCAUCGAAAGAUUUGAAUGUUCAGUAUAGAAUUAUAUUGGAUAAAGUAUCUCAAGAACAUAAUCUCAAUAUAGCAUUACCUGAUGAUUCUGGAAACUAA